AUGGCAGGCAACCACAACGACGGCAACCCUGCCCGUGUGUGGCUCCGCGACGAUGCCUGCAUGCGGACCAUUGGCAGACUCUGCAAUCUCGGCGUCGCCGACCUUAUUCCACUACCGCAAGUUGUCGUGGUAGGUGACCCGUCUUCGGGUAAGAGUUCUGUCCUGGAGUGUAUGACGGGUUUGGCCUUCCCCCGCGGUCCUGAGCUCUGCACCCGUUACGCGACCCAUAUUACUUGUCGCCGCGAUGCCUACGAGAGCGUCCAGAUCUCUAUUAUUCCGAGCCAGGAUUCCAACGAGGAUCGAAAGGAGCGACUGAAGAAGUUUGGAUUCUCUGUCAAGAAGAACGACCUGGCGUUGGCGGAUGUCUUUAUGAAGGCGAACGAAGCCAUGGAACUUCGCGGUAUCAACGAUGGGGAUGCUUCAAAGCUACCGAUCUUUGCUGAAGACAUUCUCAAGAUUGAGAUCAACAGCCCGGACCAAUAUCACUUGACCAUCAUUGAUGUCCCGGGUAUUUUCCGCACGCCUACAAAGGGCCUGACCACCAACAAUGACAUUGCUAUCGUCAGAAACAUAGUGAACAGAUACAUCAAAGAUCAGCGUACCAUCAUUCUGGCAGUCAUCCCUUGCAAUGUCGACGCAUCAACCCAGGAGGCUCUCACUCUUGCCAAAGAAGUCGAUCCAGAGGGGCUGCGAACUAUAGGUGUUCUCACCAAGCCCGACCUUGCUACCGAGCGCGUCACUCAGCAGAUCGUAUGCGAACUUAUUGAGGGCAAACGCCAUCCCCUCCGCCUUGGAUACUGUGUGGUGAAGAAUCAGAGCGACGACGAAGGAGCCUCAACGAAGACAGAUCGAAACGCAUCGGAGAAGGCGUUCUUUUCUGCUCGUCCGUGGAACAGGAUCAAAUCGACAUUUCGGGUUGGUGUUAGCGGCCUCGGUAUCCGUCUGCGAGACUUGCUUGGCGACCUUCUCAAGAAGGAUCAUAAGAACAUCGAGGCCAAUAUACAUCGUAGACUCAAUAACACUGAAACUUUGCUCAGUCGCCUAGGUCCUUCACGAUCUCGAGCAGAUGUUCAGCGACGAUACCUUGCCAAUAUUGCAUCAGGUUUCCAAGAGGAGGAGGUCGAGCCUGUUCCUGGAUUCAAAGUGCCUAUGGACGAGCAGUCAACUCGUUGUCUCGGCGAUAUCCUGAAGCAUAUGGAUUUCAAAUGCCCCAAGCCAGUAGAAGGCUUACUUUUGGGCCGCAUUGAAUUUCUCUUUCAUCGAUCUCGCACUGCCGAGAUUGGCUCGUUUCCAGGCUCAUUGCUAGCACAGACCUUCAAGGAGCAGACCCAGAGGUGGGCGCCCCUGGUUUUGAAGCAUGUUAGUCAGGUUAUCGUGGUCAUUCACAAGUUCAUUCGCAUAACACUGCAACGCAAAUGUGAAGGCAACAGCAACACUUUUGAGAUGUUGCAUGACCAUCUUCUGUUGCCGAAGCUCCGUGCAGCUUAUCAGCGAGCUUUGGAUCAUGCUCAGUUCCUCCUUGAAGUCGAGCUUAGUGGACAGCCCUACACCAUGAACCACUACUUCGACAGCAAUCUCCAAGUUUCACAGGCCACCAGACUUCAGCAAGCGAUCAACAAGGCCAUUGGCCCGGAGAGCGUCCGAAACGUCGAUGGUGCUACUGCAAGCAAACCGAGCACGGACGCAAGUCCUGCUUCCGGAGAAAACACGCUGGGAGCGAACAACUAUAACGGAAGUCCCUUCGAUUUUACGUCUCAGCUAGAAGACGGGUCUUCCGGAGCUGCAGGCUGGUGGGUGCCAAAGUCAAUGCUCUCCAAGCUUACAACCGAUCGUUCCAACGCUGAGCAGGUCAGAGAGGAUAUCCACGACGCCCUCCGUAGCUACUACAUGGUCGCUCGGAGGCGAUUCGUUGAUGUUGUGCUGCAGCAGGUCAUAUUUCACUUCUUGCUCGAUUCCAAGACCAGCCCUCUCAAGAUUUUCACACCUGACCUAGUCAUGAGCCUGGAUGACACGCAGCUCAAGAUGAUUGCCGGAGAGAACGCAGCGACGCGGGAUAAACGCGAGGUUCUCACUCAAAACAUUUUGAACUUGAAGCUCGCGCUGCAGGAACUGGAAAAUACCAAGUAA